UGCAAAGACGACGUCUUGUAAAUAUUAAACAAGAAAAGUGUUUUAAAAGUGAAAAUUAAUAACUAUUUCGUGUAAAAAACGAAAGAACAACAUAAUUCUCAAUGCCCGUUAAAUAAAAUACAUUGAUAUUAAGGUUUAUAAACUGCAAAACCUCGAAAUUACGGCGGCAAAGUUUUUCCCGUCUUUCAGUGGUAAAUUUUUUGGCUAGAAAGAAAAAUGUAAAGAAACGUCGAUGAUAAAAAGAAUGAAGCAAAAAAUUAAACCUCAAGUAAUUACACAAAAAAUGUGAAAUGCAACCAAAAGGAAGAAAAAAUUAAAUUUAUAUGUGAAAAUUUUUUAUUCCGCAUGGAAAAGAAUACGACAUGAAAUUCCCGUGAAGAAAAUACGUUGCGGUAUAAUAAUAAAAAAAAAACGAAGAAAAAACAGAAACGGAAUGAAUGGUGAAGUGGUCAACAGCAAAAAGGGGGAUAUGAAAAUAUGUAUGGAUGAGUGUGUUUGUGUGUGCGGUGGACUAUCGUCUCUUCGUUGUUCGUCUCCCUCGAGUUUGUCUAGUAGUGUAGUCUGCUGAGCUUAUGCAUUUGUAUGUAUGUGUGUAAGACAAAUCGGAAGAGAGGUGGCGCACUUGCGAGACGACGUGAGUGAUUGAAUUGAGUUUGGCCAACAAGAAGACAAGCAAAAUCAAGCAGUAGUAGUAACAACAGAAAACAGAAACACAAUAUCGCCCCAAUGAAUGCAAAUGUAUAUAAUCUUUUUAAUUUAUCAUCAGCAUCGUCGUCGUCAUUGCUUUUCAGUGUGCGCCAAACGACCAACCAACCAACCAAUGACCAAUAAUGUGUGUGUUUGUGCAGCAUUGUUGUUUUUCUGCUGCACAACACACAGUAAAGACAACAAAAUUGAGAGAGUUUGUUCAAUAAGUCAAAAAUAAAAGAACAAUCAAAGAAUUUGUUCAUGUAUUUGUUGUUAAAAAAGCUAAUGGCGGGAAUCCGAUAGAUGUUUUUACAGUAAAAGUGUCUGCUUGCAUAGCCCCAUGGAUCCCCCAUCCGCCAUUAGACCCAUUAAAAUACGUUUUGAUUAAUCAUCAGGUCUUCUUCAUUCUUUAGACUACAGCCGCCGCUGUAUGAGGAAGUAAUUUACAUUUGAUUGUUUACUGCAACCAAAGCAAACACAUUGCAAAAAAAAAAAUUUGCAUUGAUUUUUCCCAAAAACCUAAAAUCCACCUCACGGCGAAAAUCGCACAUUUCCAUUAAAAGAAACAAGAAAGAAUAAUAAAAAAAAGUGUUGUUUUCGUCGGAAGAGUGCUUAAUGUGUACGCGCGUGUAUAUGUGCAUGUUGCUGUUGUUAUUUACUUUUCAUCGGAACUAGAAGAUCCUAGUGCGGGGGGAUCAUUACCGCACUUCACUCCCUAUCCAUACAUACAUACUUAUAUUGCUUGUUAAUGAACUGAGUAUGAUGUUUUUGGUGUUGUUGCUGAGUGGAAAAAAAAGAUUUUUUUGAUGGGAGGGAAGAAAUAAAGGCAAACUAAAAAUAUUAUCAGAAAUAUUUCUUGUAGGUACCUAGAAUUCCAAAAAAAAAUUCUGUCCAUAGCUAAAUUCCUUUUUGGGGAUACAAAAAUUGAAUUUCUUCUACAUCCAUCUUUAAUGGGGCUGCUUCUUCUUCUUACUUAACUCAUAAUCAUCAUCGCCCUCGCCGUUUUGUAGUUAAUAUGAAUCGUAAGGCGAAAAAGCAAUGACGGCGAAAAAAGAAACAGAAGAAGAAGAGCAAAGAAACGUCAAAAGACUGUGGACAUUUGAGAUAUUUUUUAUGUGUUCUUGUUUGCUGUUCUCCCCCCGCAAAAAAAAAAUGUUUUUCAAUUUCCACCCUUUUGGGCUAAUAGUGUCAUUAAUUGUUUUCUAAUGAUUAGGUCUCGUCAUCUUAUAAUAAACGCCACACACGACAACAACAACAACAACAAAGAAAAGAAAAACAAAAAAAUUAAAGAAGAAAUUCAAGUGCGAAAAUACAUUGCGACGGACAACAGGGUGUUAUUGUGAAUGAACAAAUGUGAGUGAGUGACAGCAGUAGUGCAAACAUUCGUCGUGUGUGCGUACAAUUAAAAGUACAACACCAUACAAAAUAUAUACACAAAAUCAUUUGUGGGAAUGGACGACGACGAAUAUUAGUGCACAGAAGAAAGAAGGCGGAAAUUGCAAAGCAAAAAGAGCGAAAAAACGAAACGACACAUACAAGAAACAAUAGAAAAGAAAGUGCUGUUUAAAAAUACAACAAUUAAGAAACGUAGAAAUAUUGAAAAAAGGCUAAAAACGACGACGACAAAGUCAUCUUACAUCUCACCUAUAUAUCUCCUACACCAUACAUAACAAUAAUUUAGGAAAAACAUUUAUCCACCGCAGCUAUCCGAAAGGAAUUGUUGCAAUGCUUUCUUCUACAAAGAGGAAGAUUUGACUUCGUUAAACGAUUAACCACAUAAAUAUUAUUAGAAUCUAAAGCACACGCCUUUGCGCACAAUUGCAGCCAACAACCAGCCAUCAAUGAAUGAUACAACCACCUUACAGCAGCAACUCGCAUCAAUAUAAUCAUCAGGCAAUCAUUAACCAACUAACCUUACCAAGUAAGAGGUAUACCUUUUCAUAAUACCACCACACACACGCACUGCAAGAGAUCUAGAGACCUAGAGGAAUAUUUCUGGCCAUAGGUCUUCUGCAGCCUCGUAGUAUUUUCAGUUUUUUGACUUUAACAAGCCAUCAAGUUGGUUGCCGAUGCUGUGCGGCGGCUGCAUAGCUACUGCGUGUGGCGAUCCAACUCCCUCUCUUCUUCGCUAAAACAACCUAAUGCAGAUGAUAACUUCUGGGCAAUGUUGUGGCAAAAAUGAAGAAUUUAAUCGACAUACUAACUAGAAUACUAACAACCUUCGAGUUUUGUUCUUGCGUUGCCACAAAUUGAAAAGUAAGCAGCCGAAGAAGAAGAGGAGGAGAGUUGUGCAAACCAACGACAACGACCAAGUUGAUUAACCCAAAUAGAGCAAUUAAUUGGUCGGUAUUUUUGCCUUCUAGAGCAAAAAUAGUAUCUAGCAUCUAGAAAGAAAACAACGAAAAUAAUCCAAAAUACAUGUGUUUGCCGCUGCUGCUAAACUCCACGGAAAUACUAUGUCACAAAGAGGAAAACGCGGCAAUCAUUUGCAUCAUCCAAGACUUGACGUCGAACCGCAGCCUCCACCCACAAAGAGGCGUAAAGGCAGGCCUCCCAAUGGUGGGGGAGGCGGUGGGGGAGGAGGAGGCUGUGGCCUUGGCUUGUCGGGCAUUAGCGGCAGUAACGUUGGUGGCGUUGGCAGCGGUGGUGGACCUGGCCCCGGUCCUGGCCUUAACCCUUCCUACAAUCCUGCCUAUGCCGCUGGUGGCAGCACUAGUUGCACAAGUGCAUUAAUCUCAAGCAAUACUACUACAACCACUCCUACUCCUACUACAGCUAAUAACACAACACCCCAACAAGAUACCGACAAUCCAAUACAUGGCUCGACAUCAGCAGCCGGUGUCCCCAAUGAUGACAUAGCCAUGUGCUCCACAAGCUCCAAAGCAGUUGGCAUGCAAAGUGCUGUUGGUUGCUCAUCAUCAUCGGCAGCAGCUUGGCAGGCGAGAUCGGUAUCGGACAUCAAAAUGUCAAGUAUUUACAAUCGUAGUUCAACGGAGGCGCCGGCAGAGCUAUAUCGCAAGGAUCUCAUUAGCGCCAUGAAACUGCCGGACUCUGAACAACUGGCCAACUAUGAAUAUCUGGUGGUGAACGAUCAAUGGAAACAAGAAUGGGAACGUGGUGUACAAGUGCCGGUUAAUCCAGACUCUCUGCCUGAACCAUAUGUUGAAGUGUUGACUGAACCUAUAGUGCCACCUGCUCAUGACUUUAAACUUCCAAAAAAUCGCUUCCUGCGCAUAACCAAAGACGAUACCUACUCUCCAGAGUUACAUUGUCUUACAAAUGUGGUUGCUUUAGCUGAAAAUUCCUGCGCAUAUGACAUUGAUCAGGUGGAUGAAUCAUGGCUCAAAUUAUACAAUGCCGAUCGUGCACAAUACGGUGCUCCCUUUGCCAUAAGCGAGACUCAAUUCGAGCGUGUUAUUGAAGAGUUGGAGGUGCGUUGCUGGGAACAAAUUCAGGUUAUAUUGAAAAAUGAAGAGGGUCUGGGCAUUGAAUAUGACGAAAAUGUCAUAUGCGAUGUGUGUCGAUCUCCCGAUUCGGAGGAAGCUAAUGAAAUGGUUUUCUGUGAUAACUGCAAUAUCUGUGUACAUCAGGCGUGUUAUGGCAUCACUGCCAUCCCUUCGGGUCAAUGGCUUUGUCGAACGUGUUCGAUGGGCAUUAAACCGGACUGUGUGUUGUGUCCGAACAAAGGAGGUGCAAUGAAAUCAACCAAAUCUGGCAAGCAUUGGGCACAUGUUUCAUGCGCCCUUUGGAUUCCGGAAGUCAGUAUUGGAUGCGUUGACCGUAUGGAGCCUAUUACGAAAAUAUCUAGCAUUCCACCUAGUCGCUGGUCCUUGGUAUGUGUGUUGUGUCGCGGCAAAGUCGGUGCCUGCAUACAAUGCUCCGUGAAGACAUGCAAGACAGCAUAUCAUGUGACCUGUGCUUUCCAACAUGGCCUUGAGAUGCGAGCCAUCAUUGAGGAGGGAAACGCGGAAGACGGUGUCAAAUUGCGUUCAUACUGUCACAAGCAUAGUGUCAGUAAAGGCAAGAAGGAAGCCAACAAAAGUUCAAGCAGCGGCAAUUGCAAGAACAAACUGGGCACUAGCAAUGGCGGCUCUGGUACCGAAGACGAUGAUUGUCGACGGCGAAAGAGUCGUAAAUCCGAUAUGACUUCUGAGGAAAGGAAUCAGGUGCGAGCACGUCGUUUACAGGAGGUCGAAUCGGAAUUUGACAAACAUGUCAACAUCAAGGACAUCAGCUGUCAUCUUUUCGAUGUGGAUGAUGACGCCAUCGAAGCCAUCUACAAUUACUGGAAACUCAAGAGGAAAUCGCGUAAUAAUCGUGCUCUUAUACCUCCCAAGUCGGAAGAUGUCGAGAUGAUAGCACGCAAGCAGGAGCAACAAGAUCUCGAGAAUCACAAACUAGUUGUCCACCUGCGACAGGACUUGGAACGUGUUCGAAAUCUGUGCUACAUGGUCAGCAGGAGAGAAAAACUCUCACGUUCAUUAUUUAAACUGCGGGAACAAGUUUUCUACAAACAAAUAUCUGUGCUUAGCGACGAUAGUCAAAGGACCGAGGACCAACACGCAACAAGUGACGAACAGUUUAAGAACGCCGUCAUCUAUGCGAAUGAUGGACCAACGCUUUACGAUCGCUUUUAUUCGUCUUGUGACCGAAACAAAAACUCACAGUACCAAAGUCUAGAAUAUAUAUUGGAAAAACUACUGGGCACUACUAAGAAUGGACCAAAAAAUGCUAACAGGGCGCAUAAUAGCAGGGCUUCCACCUCGCCAACAAAACGGGCGAAUAAGUCAAAUUCAUCUGCACAACAGGCGGCGACUUCCACAAGUGCGGCAGCGUCAUCGAGCACAACGACAACGGCGUCGACAGGUAAGUCUCCGGCUAACAAGCGGGUCAAUAAUGGUGCGAUUGCAGCAAGUAAAUCCGUAGCAACAUCAGCGAAUGCCAUCACAGCCGGCGGAGAGAGUGUGGCAUUGGAGAAAACAUCACAACAGAACAAAAGUUCUGUGGCAAAUUCCGUUAGUGCAAAUAGGAGACGUGCUUCAAUAGGCGUUGAUAAAACUGCGAAACCUGCAGCUGCAGCUUCAACGGCGGGGAUGGUUUCAACGACGACGACAGCGACGCCAAAUACACGGCCGCGUACCAGUACCACAAAGACUCCGCCAAAACUAAACAAACAGGCAUCCAAAAGCUCGGAUGACAGCUCCAGUUCUUCGGGUAGUUCGUCAUCAGACGACGAGGAUUCAUCUUCUGACAAUGGCUCGUCUUCAGGCAGUGGCAGCAGUUCUGAGUCCGAAAGUGGCACUAGUUCAACGGAAUCCGCCUCGUCAUCGUCCGGCAGCGAAAAAUCUCCGAAAGCAGGGGGCAAAACUUCGCCGAAGAAGGUUGUCCAGACGAAACGAGAGAGUUACUCCCGUGCCAAGCAGCGAAGGAAAAGUUCUGCUGUAGAAACGACGAUGGAGGAAUCAGUAAACAAGCCAAAUGCCCACAUUGCAACUGCAACAAAACAAAGUCGUGUCAAAUCCUCGGAGACUACAACUGUCCUAUCAAGUUGUAGCGACAUCGAGAAUGAAACAGAAGUAAACAAAAAGUCUAAAUCGUCAGUACCUGUCAACAAACAACCGCAACAGCAAUCAAAGAAUAGCCAAUCCGGCCCAACGCCGCUCGGUGGUCAAGUCAACAAGUCCACAUCGCAAACGUCAGCGCGGACGUCAAAGGACGAUAUUUCAUCGUCAAGCGAUGAAAGCCUUGAGCUUAUACCCAGCAAAAAGAAUAGGAAGAUGACCAACACCUCGCUUGAUGCAGGGCAAAAGACAUUGUCUGCUACCACGACUAGUGGUAGUCGCAAAACAGUUGAUCAAAUUUAUUCCGAUUCCGAUGAUAGUUCACUCGAUUCCGACACUAAGGACAAGGAGGAGGAGCGAACUGCGGAAAGUAAUGUUAGUGACUCGCAGAAUCAACAAACCAUACGAACAAAGGCGGCCAUGAAAGAAUUCACGCUACAACAGCAAACGUGCAGCAAAGCCCAAAAAGACAGCUCUUCAUCUACAGUGGCGGCGCACUCGGGCACCAAACUGUCCAAGGGGACUGGGGCAACGUCCAAGGCAAAAGAGAGACCAUCUUCGGAAACCAAUAGAAAAGGUGCUAACACCUCUUCAGAUUUGGAGAAACAGCUUAAGUUCCCACCAGAUUUGUUGGUAGUUCCCCAACGCCAAGCCGCCAAAAAGGCUUCCGAAAAUAUGAGAUCGACCGGAGCAUCAGUUGCAAUAUCAUCAGCCAGCGCGGCAGUCACAAGCGCUUCGCAAAAGGAUGGUGGCGAUGGUAAAUCGCGCGAUAAUAGUGCCAAACAAAAGGAAAACUCCAGAGCCGAUGACAAAUCUGAACGAUCACGCGGUGGUGCUAGGAGUUCUGAAUCACAAAAUGAAAAACCUAGUGCCAAUAAACGUGGUAGACCUCCAAAGAAUGUUAAAGAAACCUCGGAAGCCACCACUAGUCAAUCUUCUACAGCUGUUGCAGCCGCUCUAAGCCAAUCUUCCUCGAACUGCUCGAGUAGAAACAAAUCUGAGGUGAUCGCGUCGAUAGCCACUGAGGCCGAGUCAAAGAAAUUAUCAUCAUCAAUUUCCUCAUCAUCGUCCUCAUCAACAACAGUCGAACAGCAUCAAAGCAGCACCAAAGUAUCUCCUAUUGAAAAAUUAUCGCAACAAUCUUCCUCCUCAUCAUCCGCAAACACUGCUGGCGAUCUCUCGUCCACACAAAAGGCUGGUCCAAAUUCUUCGUCAUCCAUCAAUGAUGCGAUUAAGCCAAAUAUUCUAGUUGCCUACGUUCCACAACGACAGGCGGCCAAGAAGGCUGCAGAGCAACUCAAGAAUAGCAAUAAGCCUUUGAUGGCAACAGCAGAGAUGACCGCGGCAGACGAAAAGGAUCGCAUCACUAGCAAUGAAAAGGAGACCAAAAUCAAGACUCCUGAAGGUCGUAGUACCAGGUCAUUACCAACGCGUCGAAUGUCCGUUCGUGAUACCUCACAUUCCUCUUCCAAAGAUAGGGAUAAGCAAGACACCGCAAUAGUUACAAUGACUGAGGCAUUGGCGCUAGCAGCAGCAUCAUCAGCAGCAUCAUCAGCAGCUAAAGAUCUAUCUCCACUGCUGGCGGCAGAAACCACUGUUGUAUCUUCUGUGGCAGCUACACUCCAACCACCACCAACAGCGAUAGACCACUCUGUCGAAUUAGUUCCUCCAGUCUCAGGUGCCAGUUCUGCUGCGGCGCCGGUUCCCGUUUCGGAUUCCGCUUCAAUUCCAGUCGAAGAUUCGACCCCACCUUUAGCUGUUGGUGUAGGGACUAAAACGCCCACAAGCUCCAAUCGUCGACGAUCCAAGGAUGAAGUGGUGGCUUCUGCUGCGACGCAAUGCCCCACAGCUGCAAUGCCAAAACGAGCACCGCCAAUGGAUAAGAAGAGAAAAGUAUCAGUCACCUCCAGUUCGGCAAGUGAUUCCAGUUCCUCGUCUUCAUCUUCCGAUGGAAGUGAAGACAGUUCCAGCAAUAGCGAUAGCAGUUAUUCCACCUCUUCUUCGGAUGAUGAGGCUAGCGAGUCCGAAGAGAAGGAAGAAGCGAAACGACAAAUUCCUGCUGUGACCAAAAGAAAUCUCCGAAAAUCAGAUGACAGUCGCCUCUCGGCUCCUGUACCGCCACCACCGCCGACUCCGUCUCUCGCCAAAUCCCCCAAAGUAUCUCCUCAGAAACAGCUAAGGCGUAAUACCAGCAGCACAAGUACAAGCAGCCUGGCCAAUAGCGACGAGCAACCAGACAAUAAUAGGUCUUCAAUUCAAACGCGCAGAAAGUCAGCCUUGCUAGAGGAGCGCACGCUCAAAUCACAAGAAGCGAAGAAGCUCUCCUCCUCCGAACUCCGGGAAUCGGAGACAUCGCCGCAGUUGAAAGCAAACGAAUUGUCUUUGACAAAGUCGACCAUUUCUAGUCCUUGCCCGGCUGUUGAUAGUAAGUCCCUGAGUCCAGUUGAGCAUGCUCUAGCUGCCAGCACAAAAUUACCGGAAACCAAUCUCGAUGGUGGGCACAAAAUGCAAUUGGACCAAGUCCUGGAUAAAAUCACUACGUCGCCUGCGAUCGAGCCUGCAACUGCGUUAAUGUCUAAGCAAAAUGAAAAGGACAAUGAUGAUGUCGAAAUCAUCGAAGAGGGCAAGACAGGAAAUGAAAGCCAACGUCUGAAUAGACUGGACGAUAAACUAGACGAGCACAAAACACAAGGACAAGCACAAGCAAAUACGCAGACAAAAGACAUAUCCUCCGAGAAAGUGGCCAUGGAGUGUACAGACGAAUGCUCUGAUGUGCCUAUGGACAUUGAUGAGGAACUGACGACAGCUCCCACAAAUACUGCAAUGCCAGAAGGUGAACGUUCCCCGGCUAAGAUUGAUGAGCUUUUGGUCGAUCUAGAUGAUCAUCCACCGGCUGCGCCGAUGCCUGCCUCCCCCGUACCCUCGUCGUCAUCAUCAACUGAUGGCGAUAAUGACGAUGAUCUUUCGAAUGCCAGUGAUGAGGGCAACAAGACGCGCCCUCGCAAAACGCGCAAUAGGCGCCGUCGUACAAGGCCAGGCAGCCCACCCAUGUCGGCAGAAGAGGAGCAUACACAUCAUACGCAACACUUGCUAAAUGAAAUGGAAUUGGUGAAAGCUCUCGAGGAGGAACGCAAAUUGGCGGCCGCCAAUGCUGGAGCGGGCAAGUAUUCAGCUUCAUCUUCCUCCUCCGCUGUGGCUGUGGUAGGACCAGAGCCGCCCGAAAUAAUCGACCUGGAUUCCAACUCAAAUUCAGAAGGUAUCAAAACGCCGCAGAAAGAAUCCACAUCCUCCGCACUGGCUUUGCCCGAUGGACCUUGUUCAGCGGAAACUUCACCCUUGGAGAGUGUAGCGAAGUCGACUUUGGUGCCAGAACUUAAUCAAAAUGCAGCUACUUUGCAAAAGGAAUCUCUAUCACCGGCAGCUAUGGCAGUUUCAUUAAUUAAUAACACCAACGUUGGCGUGAGCUCUCUCAAUACUCAAACUUCUUCGACUCUGGAGAGUGGACAUCAUCCCAUUGUGGACACAAUACUCGAUUUGGAAGACAACGCCAACAAGAAACAACGGGAGAAACUUGGUUUUCCCAACGAUUUGCUAUUGCGCAACUCGCCAUUCAGUAGUCACGAAGUAGUGGGUCAUUUGGCCCAGCAAGCUGAAACCCUCAGCAGUCUACUAGGCACCGAAAACCAGAUGGGCAAAGAUGUUACGCAGGAGGACAGCAGCCAAGCAACCAUGAGCCUCUUGGAGAAAUUACGCAAAACCAAACGGACACGCAGUGAUGAACCCAAAGAACCCGAUCUCAUGUUGCCACCGCCUACACCUGCCAUUCCCUCGGUGUUUCCUUUCCACAAUGCGGCCGAUCCUGAAGAUAUAAUCCAUGUACAAAAGGAGAAUGCCUUGUCGGCGCUGGAAUCGAAUAGUGCAGGUCAUUAUGGCUCGGAAAGCGCAGCUCCCACACAGCAAACACAAGGCGGCACUAUGGCUGCAGGAAAUAAUUUGGUGGUAGGAUCAUCGCCCAACAAUGGCGGAGUGGCUUCUUCCGUCAUGGCAGCGGCUACAGGCAACAAAGAUACUGGUUUGAGUAUUUUUGGAAACCUAAGACAUGAUGCAGACACCGAUGUAAAUAGAACUCCAAACCGAUUGUCCCAAUUGCCGAGCGAGGCGCUGAAUUACCUGGAGAAUAGUGGUUUGCAACGAACUCCAACGCAGCAACAGCAACAAAGCGCACAAUUGCCCAUAUCACCUAUGCAGCAGCACACACCAACCCAUCUGCAUCCACAACAGGGAACAACGCCUACCUCCAGCUACAGCCAACAGGCGCAUACGCCCACCCAACAAACCUCACCCAAUGUUGCCGAGUUGACAUCUCUCAUUCAGAAGGAAUUGGCAAGCCAAGCGGUCUCCACAACGCUCAGUAAGACGCUGGGUAUCGAGAGUUUUGGCCAGAAGCCGCAACAACAACAACACAGUAACAGUAGAAUGUCUUCCAGUGCUCCCCUUUCGGCGGGAACAACGCCCGACUUUGUUGAUCUACAUGCAGCUGCAACGGCUUCCAAGGAAACUUUGGACUUUACACGGUCCGCUUCGGUGGGAAGCAACAAAUUGGUGGUCGACUGUGAUUUCGAUGAGAACACACGCAUGCAAUCGCCCUAUGCGAUGCAAGGCAAUCGCAUUUGGAAUGAGAACGAUUUGAUAGCAGCGAGAAGGUCAACCUCGCCAAGUUCGGUAUCGGAGUCAAAUGAUCAGACACCGUCGCUGGAUCUGCAAGCGACCACGCCUACACAUCAGCAGCAACAACAGCAAACGCCAGUGCAGCAUCAAAUGUCCCAAGUGCAGCAAAGUCCGCAUAUGCAACAACAGCAACAGUCGCAGCAAGGUCAACAGCAACACACCAUGGCCCAGAAUGUAAUGAACAACAACAAUGCCAUAAAUAGCCUUCAGAAUGUCACCACAUCACCAAACUGCAAGAAUAGCUUCUUCAAUUCGAUAAAUAGCUUUGCCAUGGCCACCAGUUUCCAGCAACACUCGUUGCAAUCGCAAUCUCAACAGCAGCAACAGCAACAGUCUCCAUUAGUUAACGGCAUCGAUUCGAUGAUGUAUAGCCAACAGGGUUACAAUUCAACGCCCACUACACCCACUAGUCAAACUACGCCACAGCACCAGCAGCAACAGCAAACGCCAACAGGUUUGCAGCAGCAGCAACAACAACAGCAACAGCCUGCGGCUACUCAACAGUACAACGGUGCGGUGGGAUUAUUUCAUGAUGCAGCGGCAACUAUGGCUACCAUGGAUCAAAUGCCAUUUGGACCGAGUGGCCCCAGUAGCGGUGGCAAUGCAACUGGCGUGAUGUAUCCCGCAGGAUCGGGUAUGGGUACUAAUGUUAAUGCAGGCCCUAACUCCAGUACCCAACAACCACGGCCGGCCGAUAUGUUCAAUGCAACAAAUGCUGCGGCUUCCCUUGGCGUUAGCGGCAACAACAACUCUGCCGGUCAAUAUGGCGGAGCGGCAUUUACGUCUUCCACACACAACAUAGCUUUAACGGCGGCAAUUGUAGGAGUUUCCAGUGGUCCCGGCAGUCUUAUUGUCGAUCACAAUUCCCCCAGACAACAUCAUCCCAUGCAGAAUGCACAACAACAAACGCAGCAGCAGCAAGCGGCGUCUCAGUUCAAUUUGACAUCGCCAAAUAACGCAAACGCUGGGCCAGCGGCAGCGGCGGCUUUCAAUAAUUUGCACAUGAAUAGUUGUGGCGAUGCGAUUAUGCCGCCCAGUCAGCAACAACAACAGCAACAGCAACAACAGUCGCAUACCACACCCACCAAAGAGUCGCCCUCAAAGGGUAGCCGUUCAUCGGCCCGGUAUAACCAGCAAGCGCAGCAACAACAGUUAAGAAAUUCGCAUAAAUCACCUCAGGUGGCGCAACACAAGUCACCGGGCAAGUCACCCAGGCAAAUGGAAUUGCUGAGCAAACAAUUGCAGCAACAACAGCAGCAGCAGCAUGCCUCGCUCAAUGAAUACUCCUCGAAUAUGGGUACGACAAAGUCCAGCAAAUAUGACCCCUUGACGCACACAUUGGCAGGCAAACCACGACAGAGGGCACCGCGUGGCACCGGCGCCGGUUCUCGAGGUAGAGGCCGUGGACGAGGUCGCGGCAGGGGCAGUAGUGUGGCUAAUUCCAUCAUAACUUUACCGCUCACCAUGGACUAUGUGAGUGCCGAUAAUCUGGUGGGUACGCCCUUCGAGUUCAGCUACGAAGAGGAGAUGGCUACACCCGGCAUGGAAAACUUACAGUCCUUAAGAGAUCGAAGGCGAUCCUUCGAUUGUCGCAAUGCCCACAAUACUGAUCCCCAAAAAUAUCGUAGUCCAGGGUACAGUGCAGCGGCAUGUAAGGUGAGGGGCGGCAACAAUGCUCUGCCUACGUCUGGUACUACAUCAAGCUCCACAGCUAGUGCGGCGGCAGCCUCAGUGGCCGAGUCCUUAGUGAAUUGCAACAACUCCCUCAAGAAUGCCAGCUCUAAUCUUCACUCCAUAGUGCCGCCCAUGCUACCAGGGCCAGUCGAUAUGCGUACAUACAAUAUCGGAUUUGAACCUCAACAUUCCAGUGCAUCUCAGGAAGCCUACAACAAUAAUUUACUAGGGGCUUUCGAUUCUGGUACGGCCGAUCAAACCUUAUCCGAGUUCGAUGAGGAUGUUGAGAGAGAAUUCCAAUCGUCACUAAGGGCGACGAGUACUACCAGUUCUUUGGCCACCUCCAAACAACUGCCCAAUGUAGGAGUUACCAACAGUUCAACUGCAAGCAACAGUGCGUCCACAAUGUCUGGCGCAUCCACCAUUGAAACGGCAGCGGUAGCAUCGAGCGCCAGUCUUAUUACCAACACGUACAGCCGUGAGGCUGUACAUACGUCUGGAACUUCAGCUGCCGGACUCGAGUUGAGUAGUGGCAGUCUUAAUACAACCACUUCCAAUCUAACCUCCACCACAACAACCACAAUUUGUUCAGCGGAGCUGGUGACGGAUUUGCAAACUUCAAUGGAAACAACUUCUGAAGAUGUAUCCAUUGACUCUGACACCACGUUAGCAACCAAGGCUUCUCUUUCCGAUGCCCGCAAUCAGUUGAAACUCAAGAUCAAGGGCCCCCUGGCCUACCCUGAUAUGUACAAUAGUUCGAGCACUCUAACUCACUCUCACUCCACAGUGGUCCAGUCGAAUAUGGGCAAUGUGCAAUCCAUGGUAUCGGCCAGCACGGUCAUAAACGCUUCAGUAAGUGGUAGUGGCACAAACUCACGGCGCAUGCGCAAAAAGGAGCUGCUCAGCCUGUAUGUGGUACAAAAGGACAAUCAUGGCGAUGAUUCCUCCUGUGGCCUGCCACCCACAGAUUCCAGUCUCAUGUCCAAUUCUCUGGAGGUGACACGUAAAACUGACAGUGUUUGCAGUGAAGUUGAUGAAUAUGUGGCUGAAGUGGCAUCCGGAACAAGUUCCAGCAAGAGAUUCAAGAAAAAUUCCAGCCGUGAGUUGAGAUCCUUGGACUCGAUUGCUGGAGAUAGUGAAAUAAGUGCUAUGGUACUGAGUUCCGGUACAGAUGGACGCAGACGCAGUGCAUGUUCUUCGGGCAGCACCGAAAACAGUGGCAAAGCUGGCGCUGCUGGUAGUGCCGGAAAACGACGUGGCCGUAGCAAAACCAUGGAGGGUGCUGAGGAUGAGCCGGCGCCCAAAUUGAAAAUCAAAAUACGCGGCUUCACCGAUGGCAAUGUUAGCGCCACCACCACGGUGGGCAGUUGCGAGACCGCGUUUAACAGCUACGAGGUAUCCCGCCGAACUGUUGCAUGCCCCCCUAAGAAACGCUUGACUUCGAAUUAUACACCAACACUGGAAGCUCUAAUGAGGGAUUCCAUGAACUAUCGCGACCAAGUAAUGCAAGAUUUUGGGGGUGACGACGACGAGAGAACCAGACGCUCGACAACGGUCAGCAAUGUGGGUGCUAUGAAAUCAUUUGCCGAUGUCAGUCCCCUGCCGCCAACCAAAAAGGCCAAAUCUUCCAAACCAAAGAAAGACAAAAAGGAGAAGAAACGGCACAAGAAUCGUGAAGUAGACGAUAGUGCAAGUCUCAUGUUUGGCGGCAUAAACAGCAACAGCAUGACGACCACCCUGAUCGAGCAACCCAUAAGUGCUUCGCCGGGAGAUCCGCCUAAGCUGAUAUUGCGCAUCAAUAAACGUAAGGCCGAGUCUACGGCAACAGACACAAGCCUUUCAUCGCCGGCUACGGCUGUUACGGCCCCAGUAACAGAUGAACCUCCAGCAGCGCCCAUACGACUGAAAUUCGCUCGUGUAUCCGAUGGCGGUGGUUAUGUCAUAGGCGAUAAGAAACGUAAAAAAGGAAAGAAACAUUUGUCACCCGCCCACACCGAUGAGCUAAAUACGAACACCAAUUCGAAUGCCAGUUCGGGGGUGCCGCCUCCCUCCACGCUUGUGGUGCCGCAUGCCAACAUUAGCACAGAUUUUGCCAAAUUUGCCGAGGAUGCAAAUGCCAGUGCCAGCAUGAAUUCUCCACAUGUGGCAACAUACAGUCACUACAGCAACGAUCCCGCCUCCCUUAUAGCCAGAGCCGAAUCAGAUGCAGCCAAGGAUUCAAGCACUCCCUCGCCUUGUCUGGUCAUUGACUCUUCGAAUACGGCAAGUUCGUUGCAUGAGCCGCCAGCGGCGCCUUGCAAUGCCGAAGCGAUGCGCUCACCCAUGGUGACGCCAACACUUAUGUUGCACCAUGGCAGUCUGAUGACAGGAGCACCUUCGGCACACUGCAACGAGAACAGCAAUAGUCAAUCGUCGGCCCUCAGCAGUCAUACUCACCUGAGUAAUUCCAAUUCCAAUUCAAUGAUGAGUGCCGCUGCCCAUCAAAACGCAAAUAGCAAUAGCAACAAUCACCACAACAAUAACAAUAACAGCAACAGCAACAACACCAACAGUAGUAGCGGCGGUGGUGGUGGCGGUGGUCUACUGUCCUUACCCAAGGAUUGUGAGGUUAGAUGAUGAUUGCGUUAAAACACAAGGUCACCAACACCCGCAUCCGCACCCGCAGCAGCAGCAGCAGCAGCCACAUCCUCAGCGACAGCAUUCAUCGAGCGCCACCACCCCCUACACCCUAUGGUAAAUGCCCUUUAAUGUCCUUGCUUAGAGCUACCUAAGUUGAACAAAUUCGCAUCUCUGAUGAAUUCACUUUCCAAAUUGUUGAUAUUUUAAGUCAUAGGUUAUAGGUCCAUAAUGCCUAAAGGAACAUUUUUUUUU